CGCCUGCGCCCGCCACCGCCGGCCGCCACAGCACGCCGCCGCAGCCAUGGUUCUGGAGGACGAGAGCAGCGACGACAACUCAAGCCUCCCGUACAUGCACUCCGAAACCUCCACCGAUGGGCUGAACCAGGUGCCUUUCUCUCUUGAGGACCCGGAUUACAAGGGUCUUGAGCUAGAUCUGAUAGUGUUGUGCGAGAAGCAUGGGAAGCCAUCAGAGAGGCUUGUUGCGUUUGAAGGAACAAUGACUGGGAGAAGGUUCUUAGCAUGUGCAGAGCCGGAAGGUCAGAAUUGUGGGUUUGUUCAGUGGGUUGAUGAGCAGUGGCCCCCAACAAUGGAGAAUGCAUUGCUGAAGCUUUGGUCAAUGGUUGAAGUGAGCAAGUCUGCUAGGGUGAAUGAUAAUCUUCAAAGUGCUCUAACUAUUCAUCAGUUGACAGAAGAAAAGAACAAGCUGGAUGCAGACUAUGACAAAGCUGAAUUGGUGGCUGGUAUGAAUGCAGAAAUGGCAAAGAAAGAUGCAGCUGCACAGAAGCUUCAACAAAAGUAUGAACUCCUGUGCAACCUGACAAGUGCUCAAGCAACUGUCAUCCAAAACUUGAAGUUGAAGAAUAUGAAAGAGAAGGAAUUGUUGAGUGAGGGUAGGAUGAAUUUGGAGUUGAAGAAUGCAGAGUUCACAAAGUUUGAGGAGAAGCUCACCCAAGAGAAGCUAGAGUUGAAGCUCCAGGUUGCUGAUCUGCUGAAGCUCAAGGAAAACCAUAAUGAAGAGAAGCAGAUGCAAGAGUUUAAGAUUACUGAGCUCAUCAAGGCAGAGGAGAAGCUGAAGGAGAAGAUCAAGGGGAUCCAGGCCAUCUUGCAGAACUGA